AAUGUUUGUAAUCAUUUAAAAUGUUUUGCAUGUCUCUUUUGUUUACCCAAAUCCUGAAGAAUGGAUCAAUUGAUUCUGCAGAGCAGAGAGCAAUAAACUGCUACAACAUCGGUUAAAGACAGGAAUUCAUUAAUUUUAAUGUUGUCCAGUUCGAUUAUAAACUGCAAUUUUUAAUUAAUUAUUCUUUAUUGACAGAUGAACUACAAAAAGUUAAUUUUCAUCAUUGGGUUAAUUCACGAUUGACUAUAGAGUCCUUCUCUCAUUUGAUUAGGUCAGGUUAAGCCAUGGGUAUAAAUUCCCAGAAAACUCUACACACUCAGCCAGUAUGGUUUUGUUGGUUGACAAUUACAAAAUUGGUCAAAUUUAAAGAAAAAUACGUGUCUCCGUCCGAACUAUAUUUCUGCAAUAAGUCGUACACGGCCUGCAAAAAAUGUUGCGGAGCAUUUGCUUGGUCGUCUUAUUAGUCAACACCAUACUGAUACAGACCACGGAAUCAGUACGAGAUAACACUAUACGAAGAAGACAGCGGUAUGACAAUUCCAACAAUAUCCGAAGAAACCAUUUGCGGUCAUCCGUCGUAACUCCGAGAGGUCUACCAAACUGGUUUUUCCUGCGUAAGGAAGCCAAAGUCCCAUGUGAAACUAUUCCAGAUCGCCCUCCAGUACCAGACGACACAGCGAAUAGGAACCUAUGGGAGAUUUUGGAACGUACGAAAACAACAUUCAAACUCGACGAUGCCCAUAAAGACGUCAUUCUCCUGUUGGGAAACACAGGUUCGGGCAAGACAACUGUGACCCAAAUGGUUGCAGGAGAUGCAAAUUCUCUUAAAGUUUACAAGACGAAAGACGGCAACAAAGUAAUUCUUGACCCAAACAACAAAAUUGGACUUACCACAGUCUCACAAACUCUUAUCCCAGAAUUAGUUGUGUCGUCAAGUGGGCUAGCAUUCUACAAAAGGCGUUAGGACAUGGUUUUGACGAAUUCGCGGGUGAAUAUCUCUGGCGGGGAGUUGAAUUUUGAACUGAUUUUUGGUCAGUUGUAAGAUAAUA